AUGGCACUGUCGGAGUCUGCAGUGUACUAUCUUCCAUCCUCGCGCUCUGCUGAGGAAGGGAUAUCUCUUGAGUCAGUCGAUCCUUGUAUGCCGGACAGACUUUGCGAGCGUCCUGCACUCAACACGGUUGAUAAGCCACAGUACCCCGUCCUUGAUAAACCACCCUCGCAUCCCUGCUUAACAGCCUUGGCCCAACUGGGAGCUUAUCGAUUCGGGUGUAGUCGGUCGUGCGUGAUUCUCUUCGACGGGGAUGAACCGAAUGUCAUUGCGGAUGCUACACCGGCGCUUUUCUUGAAUGAACAUGGGAAAGAUGAUCUGGACAGCCAGCUGCUACAGAGAGUCGCUUCAUGGAAUCUACAGCUACAGAGGGAUAGAUCGGCCGUUGGUGGUAAAUCCAGGAACAAACGAAACAGGUGCCAGGUUAUCCGUGACCUCGCCCCCAAUGACCAUGAACGCGAUUCCCCGUUUCAGUUCUUCGCCACCACAUCCCUCUCAAGUCCGAGAAGAGGCAUUACCGGGGCAUACUGCAUAGUGGACACGAAGCCGCAUCCCACAUUUGGCAAAGACGAGGUAGCGAGCAUGCAGGAGAUUGCGGACCUCAUUGAUACCCAUAUGAAGGAUUUCACAGCGAGAGAAGCUCGUCAGAAGUCCCAACAGCUGGUCGAAGGACUGAUGACCUUUGUCGGUGGUCAAACUGAGGUUGAAAAUGAAGAGAAACUUGAUGGAGCCAAAGGACGCGAGUCACGCAUCCCUAGUACAAGUGACAUCUCGAUCCCGGACAGCGUUUGCAAUGGUGGUGGCUCCGUCCCGACAACGCCGUGUCGGGUCUCCGACGCUGCUCCAUUGGAGUCAAUACCAACUACACCUUCGGAACAGGCCUCCAGACUCUUUGAAAGAAGAAACUCCGUGACAGUCACCGAGGCGAGUACCGUGUCUCAGUCAAUGUCCCUCCUGUUCUCCCGUGCCAGCGCCCUGCUUCGUAAAUGCAUGGACCUAGAUGGCGUCCUUUUUUUGGAUGUAGCUCGGAGUAAUUGUCGCGCGUAUGUAUCUCACCCUUCUACGCUCCAUGAUAUGGUCAAAGCUAAGAUCAGUAGCUCCCGCUCCGGUAGCAUCAGUGAUAUCGAACUUCUUUCCAGGGACGAUAGCUCCAACUUAAGUUCUCCAGGGUAUUCCACAGCCGGACCUGGGCGGGAGCGAGAAUGCGAGCCUUUUGCGUACAACCUGUCCUCGGUCGCUGAGACCAGCCGUUGCUCAUCACGGUACACUCUAACGGCGACCUUGCUGCAUGAUUUAUGCAAAGCAUUUCCGAAAGGCGCCAUCUUCAACUCCGACCUCUUCAGUGAAUGUGCCAAUCAGAAAUGCGAUCACAAAACCGAGAAGGAAGGCUCUUCCCGUCAUAGUCUUCCUCUGCGUCUUGUAAACGAGCUUCCCGAAGCGAAAUCAUUGGUGUUCCUGCCGUUGUGGAACUGGAACACCUCCAGUUGGUUGGCCGGCACUAUUCUCUGGACCGAAGAUGGCCAGCGACACUUUCAUGACAACGAUUUGUGUUACUUGAGGGCUUUCGGCCACUCAAUAAUAGCCGAAGUGGCGCACACGGACUGGCAUGCCACGGAAAAGUCCAAGUCGGAUCUCCUGUCUUCUGUGAGUCAUGAGCUGAGAUCGCCGCUACAUGGCAUGCUCGCCAGCGUCGAGCUGCUGCAUUGCACCGAGCUCCAAGCUCCGCAGCAAGACAUGCUUACUAUGAUUGAGACGUGUGGUCUGACGUUACUGGAUACGGUGAAUUAUUUGCUUGACUUUGCAAAAAUCAACAAUUUGACCAGUCCAGAUGCUCAGAAGGGGGUUGCCGAAACAAGUCUCAACGACCUACACUGCGAAUUCAACCUGGAUACCCUGGUCGAGGAUGUAGUGGAUACCUUGUAUGCAGGCCAUCGGUCGCACAUAAACGCGUCUCAGAUCGCCGGCCGCUACCUCCCCUCCGGCCCAGCGGUCGGCACCAGGUCGACGAAAGAGGCAAAGGGUGUAACAACCCCGGAUGGUCUAUCCGUUAUUGUUCGGUUCGGUCAGGAGGGCUGGCGAGUCCAGUCCAUCCCCGGCGGAUGGCGCAGGAUUGUGAUGAAUCUGCUCGGCAACGCGUUCAAAUUCACCAUGUCCGGGUUUAUUGAGGUGACUUUGGAUAAGAAGGUGGAACGAGGAGCGGGCUGCACCCGCGUUCUCGCGCAUUUGACCAUCACAGAUACCGGCUCGGGGAUCUCUCCGGAAUAUCUCGAUCACAAGUUAUACACGCCUUUCACCCAGGAGAACAUGCUGACCGAAGGCGUCGGGCUGGGUCUCAGUAUUGUCCAUCGUCUGGUGGCACAGGCCGGUGGUCUGAUUGAUGUAAAGAGCACCGUCGGCAUCGGAACCCAGGUCGACGUGUAUAUCCCUGUGGAGUUUGUGGAUGCGUCGCCCACCAACGGUAUCUCUAAGCCUUGCGAGUUGAGCAACAGCUCACGGGCUCGUGUCAGCCUGGUCGGCCUCAAUGUAUAUCCCGAAGUCAGGAACGGCCGCCGGCUGAGCGUUGAGACGAAACGAAAGCUCUCCGUCCGCGGCGCUAUGAGCAACGCGGUCCUGAAUCAACCCGGUUGGACUGUUGCAUUUGCCAAUUCCCUGGUCGAUGCGAGCGGUGACAUUGCUGUGAUCGAGGAGAGCAGUCUAGCGGACAUGACCAAGCUGGGCCCGAUCAGCCCCAAAGUGAAGGCUCUCAUUGUCCUGGGGUCCCAUGGUAUCUCAUCGUCAGACGACGUGGUUGUAAAGGGCGUGGAGGUGAUCUAUAUUCCUCAACCGUAA